CGUCACUUCUAAAUUUGCCGCGAUGAGCGUCGUAGUGUUCACCGGGACGCUAUCGCAGCCGCGCAAGGAGGCGACGACCGAAGCAGAAAAGCAUGGCUACGUGGUGGGGUCGCGUCUUACAAAGACGUCGAGUUUCCUGGUCUGCGGGGCCAAAGUCGGCGCCAAGAAGAUGGAGGAGGCCAAGAAGCUGGGUGUAGCAACCUUGACGGAGCAGGAAUGGAGGGACAAACUAGCAGCGGCAGACCCUGCAACUGACGAGAAGAAGACGAGUCAAGUGCAGAUACCAGAGGUGGCGAAUACUCCGUCGAAAGCGAACUCGAAAAAGAGAAAGACCCGCACGGACAGCGCUGCAGAGUCCUCGGAGCCUGCGGUGGUUGUAUUCACUGGGACGUUGGCGAAGCAGAGCAGAAAGGAAGCGACUGUUGAGGCGGAAGCCAGAGGUUUUCGAGUACAGCCAAGAAUGAGCAAGGCCACGACGUAUCUGGUGUGUGGGGGCAAGGCAGGGCAGAAGCUCAAGGAGGCGGAGAAGCUGGGCGUGCUGGUGCUGACAGAGGACCAAUGGGAAGAUAAACUCGCAGCAAUGCCAAUCACAACUGAAACGCCGAGUUCUCCUGCUAAGAAACGAUCUGUUGCGGACGCGAGUGUCGCCGUUAUUGGAGACGGCGACGGUGAGAUUGUGUAUGAUGAGGAGACUGGAGCGGUGAAUGGGAUCAAGCCCAAAUUGCUUCUGGUAGACGGAACGUUCCAUGAUGUCAAGAGCGCAUCAGGCUCGACGUACAUUGUGAAGCGCCUUGGAAUGGUCUACUCGUGCAGCUGUCCAGCAUGGAGGAACCAGCGCCACCCACCGAACUCCAGGACGUGCAAGCACCUGAAGCAGCUUUUGGGAGAAGAGUUCGAGAUUAUACGAGCUCGUGGCUCAGCUACAGCUCCUCGUGGUAUUACGUCAAUUGGUGGCAGUAUCUCUCGAUCUGUGGUGAAGACCACGGCACCAAAAGUUCUUCUAGCCAAGAAAUGGGAGCGUGAGAAGGACGACCCAGUGGGUUGGUGGAUCAGCGAGAAGCUGGACGGAGUACGUGCGUUCUGGAACUCGUCCAAGAAGAUUUUUCUUUCUCGCUUGGGCAACGAAUAUCCAGCGCCCAGUUGGUUCACAACCGGGUUCCCAGAAGAUGUGGAUCUGGACGGAGAACUCUUUGGAGGUCGAGGCGCUUUCCAGUUCACUGUCGGUAUUGCCAAAACUCAGGGGUCCAAGCAAUGGGAGAAACUGGUGUACAAAGUGUUUGAUGCUCCAAGUCUCAAGACACAGAAAUUCGAGGAACGUAUGGAGCGUGCCAAGAAUGUGGUGAUCAAUGCCUCAUCGACGUACAUCGAGUGGGUGGAGCAUACAAAGUGCAAGUCCCUGGAACACCUGGACGAAGUAUUCCACGAGAUCGAGAAACUUGGAGGAGAAGGGCUCAUGAUCCGUGAGCCGGGCAGCAAAUACGCGCAGGGUCGAUCGUCGUCGCUACUGAAGAUCAAGAGCUUCCACGACGGCGAGGCGGAGGUACUCGCCUACGAAGAUGGUAAGGGAAAGUAUGUGGGUAUGGUGGGCGCACUGCGCUGCCGCAUGGCCAGCGGUAAGAUGUUUAAAGUGGCCAGCGGACUGUCGGACCAGCAGCGCGACAAGCCUCCCGCUAUUGGCAGUAUCAUCGUGUACAAGUGUCAGGAGCUCACGAACGAUGGCAUCCCGCGCUUCCCUGUGUUCGUCGGUCUCGCCGCCGACAAGACCUGCCCGAAAGACCCCGUCAUCACCAACGCCUUAGGUCGCGAAGAGUGAUGGUACAAAAGUUGCCUUCAACAUGGGUACAUGGACUGGCCAUUAAUUGCGCUUUACCGCUGGUACACUGUUCCAUUUUAUGGACAGUUCAAUUCUACAAUACAGUUUCAUUCUCUUUGUUAGGAUCGUUUUGAGUAGGUAUCACGUUUGAAGC